AUGGAGCUACUGAUUGACACUACUACCAAGUGUGAAGUUCGCGCAGUUAUUUGGUUUUUGAACGCAAAAGGCAUCAAACCGAUUGAAAUUCAUCACCAGUUAACAGAUGUGAAUGGCGAGUCGUGCAUGGUUGUCAAAAACGUCCACAAGUGGUGUAGAGAGUUUGAAGCUGGUCGUACUGAAAUUCAUGAUGAUGAAAGAAGUGGACAACCAUCAAUUUCCGACGAAACAGUCACAAUGGUUGAUCGUCUCUUUGUCGCCCAAGACAGCGGUAGGAUUCGGUUGCUGCAUGGGUGUCUGAGCAGCUCCAUUUGGAGAGGGCACUGCUCACCCGGAGACCGGGGAUGUUCUAGAAAAGGUGAACCAAAAGUUGCCUGUCUUUCCAUAUUUGGUCAGUUUAGCGCGACUGAUGGAUGUCCAUCCUGCGCUCGAAAAACAAAGAGUCUUUUAUUUAUAAAAUCUGGACGGAACUUAAACAUUUCAUGUUGGAAUGUUCGCAUUCUGUUGGACAACAAGAGUGAUUGUAAGCCUGAAAGACGCACUGCACUUGUUGCUCGUGAGCUGAACCGUUAUAAAAUUGAUAUAACUGCACUCUCAGAGACUCGUAUAGAAGGUGAUGGUCAGCUUGAGGAAGUAGGAGAUGGAUACACCUUUUUUUGGAAUGGAAGGCAGAAGGAGGAGCGCAGAGAGGCUGGUGUUGGUUUUGCAGUCCGAUCUGAUAUCCUUAAGAAGUUGGAAGAGCUCCCUGUUCCUAUAAAUGAACGUAUAAUGACGCUACGGUUGCACUUGAAAGGUAAACUGAACUCUCACUGUUCAAAGAAGACUUCAAAAGUAACUAGUAACAAAUUCUCUUGGAAAUGGACAAAAUUUGGCAUCAUGGUAUUAUCAAGUACAUGCAGAAAAAGGGUUUAUCUUCCCAAAAACAUUCAUGCUGACGUCUGCGAUGAGUUAACUUGGAAAUUCCAAGCAACAAGUAAUUAAGGUAUACUUGGCUUGGCGAUUAGCUAAGUUGAGUACUCCUCAUUUAGUAAUUAUUACAUCAGAGGAUCAGCUGGUUAAGAAACAUAUGUAGCCUGGAUUUUACCCAUUCCACUCUGUCAGUAUAGAUGUUUUAUUUUAUUUGCAUUCAUAGCAGCUCUAAUUGCUAACAAUGAGCUAUACAGAAACUUUCAGCGUAUCAAAUUUCCUUGCAACUUCGAU